AUGUUACCUCUAAUUUAUGGUACGGUAAUAACACUAGUAUUAAUCGCUCCGACAUUGAUCACAGCAAUCGAUUACGAGGACAACGAUCUGGCUAAAGUAUGUCGACCUUUGGACCGUCAACUGGACUUGUUGUUCAUUCUGGAUGGUUCCGGUAGUGUUAGUGGAAGCACUUUCGCAACACAAAUGGCUAUGUUGAAUAAGAUAGUCGAUUUGAUCGAAAUUGGUCCGAAAAAUACGCAAAUUGCUGUAAUGCAAUAUUCAUCAUACACACGAGUGGAAUUUAAUUUUAGUGCCAAUCCAAACAAGGAAUCACUUCGUGCUUCACUUCAAAAAAUUCGACACAUUUCGGGAACAACGAAAACUGGCAAAGCAUUGGACAAAGCCCUUCAUGUUUUCUGUCAUGAUUCCAACUUUGGAACACGAUUGAAUCAGGAUGAUGUGGCACAGGUAGCUGUCGUUGUCACCGAUGGCCAUUCACAUGAUGAUCCAAUACCAGCUGCAAUGCGACUUCGUCAAGCUGGUGUUGAAAUACUUACUCUUGGUAUUGGUGCGCACAUUAAUAUGGGUGAACUGGUGGAAAUUACGGGUGACCAGAAUCUUGCCUUUCAGAAUCUAACUUCUCAGGCUUCACUGGAUCAGUUCGUGCAUCAGUUUAAGAAAAUUGCUGUUGGCGAGCACUGUGACUUUUCGAGAGGUCUUUUUGGAGCUGAAAUAAAUUGUCACAGUGAUUCUGUCGAAAUCAUUGUUUCGACAGUUAAUCCAUUCUACGGACAUCUCUACGUACCUGGUUACUUUCACGUUCCAGAGUGCGCUGCAACUGCACAGAACUCAUCUUCCAGGGAGAUUCGCUUUUCAAUAGAUCUUACUUCUUGUAACAUCCAAAAGCAGAUAAAACAAAAUCUUAUGGGUACACUAUUCGAAACAAAUGUUUUGCUGAAAUUUCAUCCAUCAUACAAUACAAAAGCGGAUAAGGUUUUCAAGGUGCAAUGUUUUUAUCCUGAAAAAGUACCAAAAUUGCCGAGAAAAUAUAUGGACAAUCCAGUGGCUACUAGUAAUAAGAAUGAAUUGAAAAUGCCCUGUUCUUACAAGAUGGUAUCAAAUACGAAACCAAAUGAUAAAUGUAUAUUAGAAGAUGUCCGUGUCGGUGAUCAGAUUAUUCAUUCAUGGGAGUGCGAUAAAGAUUCUUUCGAUACAUAUCAGUCGAUGCUUGUUCACACUUGUGUUAUCAUCGACUUGAAUAGUGGAGUUAAUAGAACUGUUAUUGAUUCGUUCGGAUGUGCACUUGAUAGUUCGGUUAUGGAUUCACCGGAAUAUGUGGAACCGUUGUCAGCAUUUGCUGCCGGUAAAGCGGUCAAGUUUCCGGACGGUUCAAUGAUCAAAAUGCAGUGUCAUCUACGAUUUUGUGAUCGGUUACUGAGUGAAUGUGACACCAUUCUGCCUCCUCGGUGUCGCAGAACUCGUCGAGCAGCAAAAAGAAGUAAUGAAAAUAUCAGACCUAUAAACGUACCUUUGAAGGAAAUGAACCGAUCUUGGGAUUUCACAGGCUCCAUUGAUAGCGAUGAUGAAUACGAAGAAAUUGUAGAAGCGAUGACCUUUACGAUAGCAACAACGACAGCGACAACAACAACGACUAUCUUAACAGCAGCACCAUUACUAACUUUUCAUCCAUCACAGCAAGAGAAAUUAAUGCCAUCACGUCGACGUUUGACUAUCGUGGAACGUGUGACUGCAUCAGGAAGUCAUUCAGUCAGGUCAUUACCGCUUUUAUUAGUACCUGGCUUUGGCAACACUGCUUCUUAUCCUCUCGGGAAACUGAUCAGUGCUGAAGAAACACCAUUUGCUGUUUCAUCACCACGAACUAAUAACCAGCCUCGGAACGGUUAUCCACAUAUUGUCGACUUUCCAGCUGGUGGUAUGGAUGUGAAAAUUAAUACACAAAAUGUAACAAUUGUAAGCGAUGAUCAUUUGAAACAGAAAUACCAAAAAGAACUGAAAGAAAGACAAGAAAAGAUGAAAGCAUUAACGAAAAAGGUCCCGAAAACACCAGUAACAAUCACAUCUUUGGUUGUACUAGAUAAAACCACUACAUCUGCAAUUAAAUUCAAUCAUGUUAUUAAAGGCGUAAAACAAACAUCGCAACAACACCAACCAAGUUACAAUAUAUUUAGAACAGAAGACACCGAAUUACCAGCGCUAGAAAUCAGAAAAAAAAACACUAUCAUGAACGAUCCAUCUCAGGAAAUUGAAAAACAGACGACCAAUAGGGAGUCGGUGGAAGAAUUUGUGGAGGAAACAGUCGUACAACUCGAACAAAGGAUACAAAAGAUGAUUCGAUCUGAUGCAACAAUAGUUGAAUCACAGGUUAUAAAUGUCCGCGACUUAGAGGUAAUGAGUGACCCAAAUUUGAAAGAAAAAUGGUGCAAGAAAUAA